ACAAACGUGUGUUAGGGCAAAGGUCCUGGGCAAUCCCUCAGUAUCACAAAACGAAAAUCAAAAUGACGGGACGCAGAAUGAGGUCAUUUGGAUGUCCGGGGUGGUACGCGGAGACUGAUUAGUCAGGAUCUUAACUAAAGGUAAGUUGUGUAUGUCUCACAUCUCAGAAAAAAAAAAAAAAAACCCAAAAAAACAAAAACAAAAACAAAAAACAGGAAAAAGAACGCUGGCAAGGUUUAAACUGCUUUCCCUGCGGGAAAACCUAAACUAGCAAAAGAAGCACAAACACGGACACUUUAGAUAUACUAGGGUUUGUAAUUUCCAGGACCCAGAACGCACCACCGAUAAGGGCCCGGCUGGGGUUAGCACGUUACACAGGUUAGUAAAGAGAACAGGAUGUCGGGUGGCACUCUCGCCAGCCUUGGGUAACAGGCGACACCAGGCGCAGAGGUGCGUGGAAAGCAGGUUGCGCACCUCAUUGCGACGCGCUCGGAGCAGCGAAGUCCUUGGACUCUAGGGGGCUCUGUAACCGCGCCCUAGGGAGGACGGAACGGGGCAGGCCGGCACCGUGCCUCCAGCCGGACGCCAUAGCCGGACGCAACUUCCGGACGCACUCACGAGCUUCCGGCCCGCUGCUAGUUUCUCCUCAGAUGAGGCAGCCUAGCCGAGGGCGAGACACAAAAGUUAACGCUUAGCGCGUCUCUUCAGCGGCUUACUCGCCAGCCUCUCCUCCAGCACUAAGGACGAAGCCAAGCUGCAGCACGAACUUCCAGCUUCGGGGGCGCAGCGGCCUCCGGAGCCGGCAGCCCCUUCUGCGUCCCAGCCACAGCCCAGGUGCAGGCGAGGACAGUCGGCCACCGAAGACUCUGUUCUCUGGAGGCGGCCGCCGAGCUCUCGGCGAGAUGGGCAGCUCUCAAAAAAGGCACAAACAACUGAAGGAUGGGUACCGUUCCAUAUGUUAAAGCGUGUUGAAAGGAAAAUAAGGAAGCUAGGAGCCUCAAUAUGAAUCAGUCUAGAUCUAGAUCAGGUAGUGGUGGUGAAGAAACCUUAUCUCAGGACCAUAAUCAUCAUGAAAAUGGGAGAAGAUGGCAGCAGGAACGCCUCCUUAGAGAAGAAGCCUAUUACCAGUUUAUUAAUGAGCUCAAUGAUGAAGAUUAUCGGCUAAUGAGAGACCACAACCUUUUGGGCACCCCUGGAGAAAUAACAUCAGAAGAACUACAACAGCGGUUAGACGGCGUGAAGGAGCAGCUGGCCUCUCAGGCUGACUUGAGACCUGGGACAAUUAACAGAGACGCAGCAGUCCCUAGAGAAAGUUCGAAUGAAGAUUCUUUGCUAGAAUGGCUGCACGCCUUUCGUCUUACUGGCAACGCGACUCGAAGUGGACAAAAUGGGAACCAAACCUGGAGAGCUGUGAGUCGAACAAACCCAAGCAGUGGAGAGUUUCGGUUUAGUCUGGAAAUUCACAUAAAUCAUGACAGUAGAGGAUCUGAAAUUCAUGGGAGAGAUGUUAUGGGUAUUUCACUUCCAGAUACUGAUAGAGGUCACACUAGAAAUAGGCAACAGAGAUCAGCUAGUCCUGUGGCUAGGAGAACAAGAAGCCAAACCUCAGUGAAUUCCAGUGGUGGUAAUUCCAACCUUCCAAGGAUUAGGCUUGGGUCAAGGAGGCAGAAUUCAGUCAGUGGAUCUCACUCAGCACUGGGAAGGUUAAGAAAUAGAACUGGGAGAAGAGUUGGUGUCCCUAGAAGUAGUGCUUCACGCAGUAACUACAGUAGUCAAGCAGGUCAGUCAGUUGGUAGUGAACUCAGGCAAAGGGAGGGGCAGAGAUUUGGAGCAGCACAUAUUUGGGAAAACGGGGCUAGAACUAAUGUUACAGUGAGGAAUACAAACCAAAGAUUAGAGCCAAUAAGAUUGCAGUCUACUUUCAAUAGCAGAAGCCGUUCACCAAUUCAGAGACAGAGUGGCACGGUUUAUAAUCCCCAAAGGGAAAGUAGACCUUCACAGCAAACUGUUAGGAGGUCUGUGAGGAGAAGAGGUAUAACUCAGGUCUUUUUAGAUCCAGAUAGAGAACAUAGCGGCACUGCAUAUUCCCAAUUCUCUAAUUCAAGACUUGUGUCAAGAAUAACAGUAGAAGAAGGGGAAGAAUCCAGCAGAUUCUUGCCCGCUGUGAGACGGCAUCCAACAAUUACACUGGACCUACAAGUAAGAAGGAUUCGUCCUGGAGAAAAUAGAGAUCGGGAUAGUAUUGCAAACAGGACCCGAUCUAGAACAGGGCUAGCAGAAAACACAGUCACUAUUGAAAGUGAUAGUGGAGGCUUUCGCAGAACUAUUUCUCGUUUAGAGCGCUCAGGCAUUCGAACCUAUGUUAGUACCAUAACAGUUCCUCUUCGGAGGAUUUCUGACAGUGACCUUGUUGAGCCAUCCUCACUGGCUCUUCGGUCAAUUUUUAGGCAGAUCAUGACUGGGUUUGGAGAACUGAGUUCUCUAAUGGAGACUGAGUCAGAGUCAGAGUUAGAGAUUCAGAGACAUGGUCAGCAUUUGCCAGAACUGAGUAGUUUAGGUAUAGUUGAUUACACCAGCCUGCACAGUGAAAGUUCCUUUCAAUACAGGCAAGCCCAAGGAGACAGCACUGAAAUGCUAGGUGAAAAUGAGUCCAUUGAGCCUCAAUAUAGAACCAGUGACGGUAGGAGUAUUAGGCAGUUGCAAAAUUCAAACAGUUUUGUAGAAACUGGAACACUACCUAUUCUUCGCCUUGCACACUUCUUUUUAUUAAAUGAAGGUGAUGAUGAUCAAAUACAUGGUUUAACCAAAGAGCAGAUUGACAAUCUUUCCACCCGAAACUAUGGGCAUAGUGGUAUUGACAGUGAAAUAGGUAAGGUUUGUAGUGUUUGUAUCAGUGACUAUGUAACUGGAAACAAGCUCAGGCAGUUACCUUGUAUGCACGAAUUUCACAUUCACUGUAUUGACCGAUGGCUGUCAGAGAAUUGCACUUGUCCAAUCUGUCGGCAGCCUGUAUAUGCUGGGUCUGACAUAGCAAAUGACGGGUGAAAUGAUGGAAUCUAUUCAAAGUUGUAUUUUAAUAGAGUUGAGUGUUUAAACAUUCAUUUGUUGAGUUGUAAUGAGCUAACCAGGAUGAAAAAUAAGAUUAUAGUUUGAACUAUUUUUGUGUGCUUUUUUUAACUUGUUAAAAGAGAAGAAUUUAUAUAAAUUUAAAAUAAAAAUGUUAAAUUAUCCAAAAGUACAGAAUAGUUAAUAUUGCUAGAACCAAAUAAUCUUUAAAUUGUUUUUAUUUUGGUAAUUUUGUCAUGCUAAGCACUUUUGUAUCUGCACAGUUCAGUGAGUUAAAAUUCUUUCCCUUUUCUUAAUAUUAUUGUAGACUUCACUUGGGUUUUUAAGUUUCUUAAGCUUGGUACUAUGUCUAGACAUUAGUGUCUAAGCCUUUCAAAGAAUGUUUGGCAGAAUGUUUACUAUGUAUAUUUAAGUUACCUGAAAUGAUAAUAUGCAGCAUACCUUAUGUGUAUAUAUAGAUACAUAAUUUUAAGGUUAAAAUAUACUGUCUUAAAAACUGCAAGUCUGAUUGUUAUUUAAGCUUUUAAGCUAAUACUGCAUAUGGCACAAUGUUUAAUAUUGACAAGAUCAUCUCUGAAAGUAGAUUAAGAUAUAACUUUGAAAUAGAGAUAAUUUACUGAAGCGUCUCUGACAAUCUGAUUUAUUAGCAAGCAAUAUGUAAUACUGAAUUGAGUAUUUCUUCAUUCAGAAAUGGAACAUGGGGAAUUUAGAACAUACAGAUUAUUUGAGUUCAGCUUUUUUUUUGAAAUGUGCAAAAAUUUCUUUGGGUUACGUGAGGUAUACAGUAUGCAUGGUUUCUCAAAUUUAGUUUAAAAAAUCUAAAAAUAAGUUACACAGAAUCAGAUGCAUAGAUAACACAUUAAGUUCAUGUGGAGACCAAGUAACGCCAAAUAAUGUGAAAGAGAAAACCUUAAGACAAUGUAGAAUUUAUCUGAACAUAAAGUAUGCAUUGAAGAUCUAUUUCUACCAAUAAAUAACUAAAACAAA